GUGAGUCUGUCUAUGACUUUGUGUAUAUCUACUAAUAGUGCAUAAUCCAGGACUGGUAUCUUGGAUUAGUUAAUAAAAAUGUUAGUUGUGGGUUUCUAUACAAUAGUGUUAUUUAUUUAAAGAAAACGUAAAUAAUACAGUUGAAUAAGCUUAUAUGUAUAUCAUGUAACUUUCUAAUUAACUAACAUGAGCACAAGGGGUAGAUUUGGUCCUCUGGUGGGAGCCAUAGAUGAAGGAACAAGCAGUGCAAGGUUUCUGGUGUUUGCGGCUAACACAGGCGAAGUAUUAACGUAUCAUCAAGAACAAGUUACGCAGAUUUGUCCAAAAGAAGGCUGGGUGGAACAGGAUCCAUUUGAAAUAUUGACAAAAGUCAAGAACUGUGUAGAGACAUCUAUAGAUCAUUUGAAAAAGCUUGAUAUUGACCCAGGAGAUAUUGUGUCCAUAGGAUUGACAAAUCAGCGUGAGACUACUAUAGUAUGGGAUCCAUUGACUGGAAAACCUCUCUAUAAUGCAAUAGUAUGGUUGGAUGUACGGAAUGCCGAUACUGUGGACCAAAUGCGGUCAAAAAUUUAUGGUAAAAAAGCAGAAACUCUAAAGACAAUCAGUGGCCUGCCAAUAAGUACAUAUUUUAGUGCUCUUAAACUGAGAUGGCUGUUGGAUAAUGUACCAGAAGUAAAGACUGCUGUUGAGCAAAAGAGGUGUUUUUUCGGCACUGUCGAUACAUGGCUAAUUUGGAACUUGACUGGCGGCGUUCAUGGAGGUCUACAUAUCACUGAUGUUACCAAUGCCUCAAGGACAAUGCUUAUGAGUCUUCAAACCUUGCAAUGGGAUCCAAUGCUUUGCAGGUUUUUUGAUAUUCCUAUGAGUGUUUUACCACAAAUUAGAAGUUCCUCAGAAAUCUACGGGUAUUUAGCAGAGACCUCACUACGUGGUGUUCCAAUUUCAGGGUGUUUGGGAGACCAACAAGCAGCGUUAGUCGGACAGAUGUGUUGGAAACAAGGGCAGGCCAAAAACACUUAUGGCACAGGUUGCUUCUUGCUAUAUAACACAGGCACUGCGAUUGUGCAAUCCACUCACGGCCUGUUGACGACAGUUGCUUACAAGUUGGGGAAAAACUCACCCGCUAUCUACGCCCUAGAGGGGUCAGUGGCAGUGGCAGGGGCGGCAAUUAGCUGGCUGCGAGACAAUCUGCACAUUUUGUCAGAUGUCAACAUUACAGCCGAGCUGGCACAGGCUGCUUCGUCGACAGGCCAGGUCAUGUUUGUACCGGCCUUCUCUGGUCUCUAUGCUCCAUAUUGGCGCAAUGAUGCACGUGGGUUGAUAUUUGGUAUCUCAGAGGAGACGAAGAAGGAACAUUUAGUGAAAGCUGCGCUGGAGGCUGUGUGUUUCCAGACACGAGACAUUUUGGAAGCAAUGAAUCAAGAUUGUGGGAUACCACUCACCAAGCUGUUGGUAGAUGGCGGCAUGACCGUCAACAGUUACGCGAUGCAGUUGCAAGCAGACUUGUGUGGUAUUCCUGUUGGUAAGGGUCAUCUGCUACUACUCUUCGACUAUUAAUUGUGCAAUUACAAUACAAAAUCAUUCACAAAGUAAGUUGCUGAGGGGCAUCUGUUGCCGAAUGGGUGGGGAUAGCGGCGUGACCUGAACGGUGCUGUCUAACUACGUUCAGUACACAUCUGGAAUGUGGCUACGCCAUUUUAUGCGUUCUAAACUGGUGUCCAAAGUGG